GCACAUCAGUGCAGCCGUGGCUGAGUCCAGAACUACUGAGACAGGAUUUACAUGGAUAUAAUGUAAAGUCAGAUAUUUACAGUGUUGGGAUUACAGCAUGUGAAUUGGCCAGUGGGCAGGUACCUUUCCAGGACAUGCACAGGACUCAGAUGUUGUUACAGAAACUGAAAGGCCCUCCUUAUAGCCCAUUGGAUAUCAGUAUUUUCCCUCAGUCAGAAUCCAGAAUGAAAAAUUCCCGAUCAGGUGUAGACUCUGGGAUUGGAGAAAGUGUACAUGUCUCCAGUGGAACUCGCACAGUAAAUAGUGACAGAUUGCAAACACCGCCCUCAAAAACAUUCUCUCCUGCCUUCCUUAGCUUGGUACAGCUCUGUUUGCAGCAAGAUCCUGAGAAAAGGUAA